CAUCUGUUUGUGAUAACCUACAAAUAUGUUAUGUUUAAUUUUAUCUAACAUAAAAAUAAAAGUGCCUUAUAAAUUACAACACAUUUUUAAAUAACCAAUGUAGUGUUUAUCGAUUUUUUAAAUUUACAACUACAGCCAUGUAUACUUCCAUAUUUCGAUUAAAAAAUAAAACAGUUUGUUUGUUCCUGGCUUUAGUAACUACAUUUUUGAUUAUUAAGAGUAUAUACGGUAUUCUUAUGUAUAAAAGUGUUCCAAUUUUGUUAUGGUGGACACCAUUUGUAGAAGUAGAGCGAGUGAUUAGGUGUGAUAAUUAUUCCUGUUUAUUAACAAGUGAUAGGGUCUAUAAAAAUCACUCAAGAUUAAGUGCUUAUUUAUUUUAUGGUAGCAGAUUUAAUCCUACUGAUCUGCCCAUAGGAUUAAAACAUAUACCAUGGAGUAUUUUUCAUGAAGAGUCGCCUAAAAAUUUAGGAUUAUUUUUGUACAGAGAUGGACAAUCAGUAUUUAACAUAACAUCCACAUUUGACCAACACAGUGACUUUCCCGUCCCACUGCAGUAUUUAAGAGAUAUUGAAUCUCUUACAAGUCGACAGUAUUAUAUACCAAUAGAAAAAAAGAAAAAUUUGUUAAAAAAUCAUGCACCUGUUUUGUAUAUUCAAUCAGACUGUAAUACUCCAAUAGAAAGAGAUAUGAUAGUGGCUGAAUUAAUGAAGUAUAUCAAAGUAGAUUCGUAUGGAGUUUGUUUGAAUAACAAAAAACUGCCUGACAGUCUUAAAGAAAGUGAUGUUUACUCCUUUCCAUAUCACAAUCUUAUAAUGCAGUUGGCAGCUUCUUAUAAGUUCACAAUAGCCAUUGAGAAUGCAAGAUGUGAUGACUAUAUAACUGAAAAAUUAUGGAGAUCAUUGAUAGUGGGUUCCGUUCCAAUUUAUCUUGGAGCUCCUAAUGUUGGGGAUUGGCUCCCAAAUAACAAAUCUGCAAUACUCAUUGGUAAUUUUGAAAGUAUUGAAUCAUUAGCAAGUUAUAUAAUUAAAGUGAAUCAAGAUAAUAAUCUGUAUUUGAAUUAUUUGGAUCAUAAAGAAAAAUUGAAUUUUGGACACCAAAUUACCAAUAAACGAUUGAUAAAUCUAUUGAAAAGAGGAAAAUAUGGAUUAGAAGGGAAUCAAGAAGAUGUGGUUCCUGCCUUUGAAUGUUUUAUAUGUCGGAAUAUUCAUACAAAUGGGUUUAAGAAGCAAAAACAAGAAACUGUGUACAGUUGCCCUGAACCAAAAAGUAGAAAUUCAAAAAAUCCUGUCAGGUGGAAAGAUCACUGGAAAAGGGGUAAAUGUGAAGGCAAAGUGUUAAAAGAACUCUUAGAGCAACAAAAAAAUUAUUCUAAAAAUGAUUAUGAAUAUAAAGUUGACCAAUAUUAUAAAAAUAACAUGUGCUAAUUAAAAACAAUAUAGUUUACAAAUGAAUUCAUAAAAUUUUAUUCAUGAAUGUUCAUAGAGGAUUAUUUAAAUAGGCGUAUAUUGUAGACCAACUUCUCAGAGGGGGUCAUACAGAUUUUACAAAUUUAACUUAAAAAAAAAAUGCACUACCAGCAGAAGUAUUUGAAGUAAACUUAUAGUAAAUUUUAAAAUAUUC